AUGACUAAGUUUGGGACUCUCCUCAGCGUGUGCUACAUACUUUUCCACUUUUGCGGGGCAUUCAAGCUACCGCAUUGUUGCGAAAGGUUAGUGUUGUGGAGUGGAGAAGGACAGCCCAAUCGCGCCUCUCAACGGCACUACAUCCAUCCUAGAAUAGCGAACGCGGCAGAAAGGAGAGGAAGCAAUGUUCCUCCCUGCUACCACAACGCAUUUCGCAACCAUGGGGGGAAUAAGCACACUAAGCUGUUUUACAGAAGCAAAAAGGAAAGGGACAUCCAGGAGUCAGGCUACAUGUAUCCCUUCGACCACUUAGAGAAGAAAAAAACGAAAUUUCCUCCGGACCCCUACCAGCCAAGUGAAGAAGAGAGGGAAGCAAACGAGGCAGAUAUGUUCGAUGAUCAGAUGAACGAUGAUGAGCUGCUCACCUUUGACGAGGACGACGAUGCGAAAAGGCACUUUGGGGAGACAACCUUCAACGCGCCUAUCGGUGUGCAGAACUCGAAGGGGGAAAAACACGACAAUGAUGCGAAUGACGGGGAUCCGCAUGGGGAGGAUGAACUGAUCCCGCACGAACUCGUGGAGGAGGCCGCAAAGGGGAAUGCUGCUCCAGAAGAACCGCAACACGAAAGGGAGGUGGUAAAAAUCACAGUGCAUUCCUCAGAAGAACAGAGAAUCAAUGCCGAAAUGAUGAAAGACCAGCUGUAUUACCUGUUUCACUCCUCCAUGGACAGCGCCUUCAUCCAGUUUUUUCGACUGCAAAUCGAGUUGUCCAUCCGUGACGAUGAGAAGAACAUAUCGGUAGGGUACACCUUUGGGGAAAGCAAUUACAAAGCGCGAAUAUCGUGUGUGGAAGACUUAAUAAACUUUUCCCACCGUUUGCAAAAAUUGUUGACCAGCAGAAUAGAAGAUGCUCAAAAGGACAAAACCGAUGGAGAGUUGACCUACUUGACUAAAAGCAUGCGGAAAGAACUCGAGAAGGGAAAAAAACAAAGGAACAUUACACACACUUCAAAAAGGAACUUGCAAAUGAGCAUCGAAUCGUCCUUAAAGCUGAUAGAAAAGUGCAAAGAAAAGUUGUACAGGCAAAACUAUGAACGUACUUUGCACGAUUUGAAAUUAGCAUACAAUAUGUUGCCGUGUAAAUAUUAUGGAUUUUUCCUCUCUAGCAUUUGUGCAAACAUAUCCAUGCUGUCCUACUACACAAAUGACAUGCAAGGCGCUCUUAACUUUGCGCUAAAGGCAAUAAAGUACGAACCGAAGGACGCAUUGGCAUGGAAAUGUCUCGGAGAUGCAUACAGAAGCUUCCGCAAAUUUUGGCAGGCCUAUAAUUUUUACGACAUAGCAAUACACUUGGGCUAUAAAGACGACAAGGGGGAGAACUUCAAAGAAAUCGUGGCCGAGUUAAACAAACUAGCCAUGGCUGCUUUGAAAAAGGUAGAUAUUUUAAAAGAAAAUAUGAACAACUGCACCAACGUUGUCGUGAAGAAGAACAUCGGAAUUGUGUUGAAUAAGAAUCCGGAUUCGAUUGGGGGCUGUUACGUGUCCUACAUCAUUGAGGGGGGGAAAGCGAGCAAAAAAGAUUUCCACCAUGGAGACCAAAUUGUUGCACUGAACAAUAUUGUUACGUAUGGGAAGCCAAUUGACUUUUGUUUGAAGGCUUUCCAAAAGAAUGAGGGCUCCUACGACAUUGUUUUUUUCAGGGGAAACAUUAUCGAGCUGUACGGCCUGCGCGCCUACAAAUAUUUGAUCGACCAAGGUUUGUUUCACACCCUCUUCGAAAAUGAGAAAAUCGCGUCCUUCAAGCGAAAUGAGACCAUUUUGUUUGACUUGCGUGGGUUCGGCACCUUUUCCGAGUACGGCGUGUCCAAGGGGGGAUCGUAA